AUGUCGAUGGAAAGUGCUCUAAACCACACCCGUCUGUUCGACGUCUCCCAAUCCGGCGUCGUAUCGCUUGUUUCCACCGCAAAGGACUUUUGGAUGUCGCUUUCGUGGUGGCAAAUCGUAGUCUCGGCCAUCGUCACCAUCUUGACCUAUGAUCAGGUGAUGUACCAGAUCCGGAAAGGCUCUAUUGCCGGUCCCAAGUUCAAGGUGUGGCCCAUCAUUGGUCCAUUUCUCGAGAGUUUGGACCCCAAGUUCGAGGAGUACCUCAGCAAAUGGAACUCGGGCCCCUUGUCGUGUGUAUCUAUUUUCCACAAGUUUGUAGUCAUCGCCUCCACCAGAGAUCUUGCCAGAAAGAUCUUGUCUUCGCCAAGAUACGUCAAGCCAUGUGUGGUGGAUGUGGCCAUCAAGAUCCUUAGACCCACCAACUGGGUGUUCAAGGAUGGUAAGGAGCACGUGGACUACCGUCGUUCGUUGAACGGUUUGUUCACGCCUAAAGCGCUCGAGAUCUACUUGCCUGUUCUUGAGAAGUACAUGGACAUCUACUUGGAGCGUUUCUGCGCGUACGAGGGUCCAAGAGAGUUUUUCCCCGAGUUCAGAGAGUUGUUGUGUGCCUUGUCGUUGAGAACCUUCUGUGGUGACUACAUUUCCGAUGAGCAAAUCAAGCUUAUCGCUGAUAACUACUACAAGAUCACUGCCGCCAUGGAGCUCGUCAACUUCCCAAUUAUUAUUCCUUACACCAAGACUUGGUACGGUAAGAAGAUUGCCGACGAGACCAUGAACAUUUUCGCUGACUGCUCGGCCAAGGCCAAGAAAUACAUCAACGAGGAGAACGGCGAGCCAACCUGUACUAUGGACGAGUGGAUCUACUUGAUGAAGCAGGCUAGAGACAACAAGGCCGAGGACCCUAGCUCCAAGUUGUUGAUCAGAGAGUUCACCGACAAGGAGAUCUCCGAGACCAUUUUCACGUUCUUGUUCGCCUCGCAAGAUGCCUCUUCCUCUUUGGCCUGUUGGUUGUUCCAGAUCGUUGCUGACAGACCAGACGUUGCUGAGAAGAUCCGUGCCGAGCAAAUGGCCGUCAGAUCUUCUCCAGACGAGCCUUUGACCCUUGAGUUGAUCAACAAGAUGACCUACACCAACUGCGUUGUGCAAGAGUCUUUGCGUUACAGACCUCCCGUCUUGAUGGUGCCAUACUUGGUCAAGGAGCCUUUCCCUGUCACUGAGGACUACACUGCUCCAAAGGGCGCCAUGCUUAUUCCUACUUUGUACCCUGCCUUGCACGACCCCGAGGUUUACCCUGAGCCUGACACUUUCAACCCAGACAGAUGGUUGAACCCUACUGGUGACAUGAACAAGCGCAGUUGGUUGGUUUUCGGUACCGGUCCCCAUGUUUGUCUCGGUAAAGUCUACGUCAUGAUGUUGUUCACCGGUAUGUUGGGUAAGUACGUCAUGAACUCUGACAUGACUCAUCACAAGACCGAGUUGUCCGAGAAAAUCAAGGUCUUUGCCACCAUUUUCCCUAAGGAUGACUUGAUCAUGGAGUGGAACAAGAGAGACCCUCUUGCUGCCUCCGCAUGA